AUCCAGAUUAUCAUAAUAUACUUGUUGCUACAUUUUUCACAAAAUUUAAAAGUUUUGUCCCUGGACAAGAACAAUUACCAAUUGCAAUUGAUGAAUCACAAUUGGCCAUCAAGAAGUACAAGAAAAUGUUUAACAAUCUGUCACAACCAUUCUUUGUUAUCUUGCUUUGGAUGGUACUCAAACUCACCACAAUGAAGUUGUCUUUUAUACUAUCAGGGAUGGGAAUGAGCUUUGAAGACAUUAAGAAUUCUGCUUCCUCUACUAUUGCUAAACCAAAUGGUCCAUCAUUUGAGGAUUUUGUUUUUGCACACUAUGGGUUUUAUGAAAAUAGUGAGAUGAGUAAUUAUAUUCAGCACUUUUUUACCACUAAAUGA